AAGUUUCUCAACCAGAACUCGUUAUGCUUUUAUGCACCGUAUUUUGAAACUUUCCAGUAAUGAUUCAGUGCAGUUCUGUUGAAAAAAAUUGUUGAAAAUAAUUUACUAUUUGAGUAUUUUCGUUCAUCGCGUCUCCUGAAAAAUUUACUUAAUGGCACAUGUACCACUUUUGCUCUCAACGGCUCAAGUAUACCUGAAACACAUUUAGAAAUAUGUCUGGCAACGUUGUGUAUCGAUGUCGCUGCAGUUUGCAGCAGUGCAACAUUUUUUAAUGGUAAUGUAUCAAAACAAACUGAAGAAGACAUAUGGAUGUUAAAAAUUACGUUUGAAAUAUUUUAUCCCAUCUUUGGGUUUCUCAAAAAUGUAUGGUACAUUAAAUUCAUGCGUGUGAUUUAGAAAGAUGAAAAAGUCAGAUGAAGUACUCCCUGAACGCCUAUCCUAAUUAUAAGAAAUGAAGAUUCUCAUAUAAAUAACCUAUACGCCUACCUUGAGCCGAUUUAUCUAGUGGUAUUGUCUGUGCCUUCAAACGCUGGUCAAUCACGUAUAACAUUUCGCAGCCCAAAUUAAGGAUUAUAAAGAGCGACUUCGAGAAAAAUAUCCUUCUUGCACUUAGUUUCAGUACCAUGAAAAUGAGUUUGUUUGUGGCAACGGAAACCAUGUAUUAUAGAGGACAUCAUGGAUGCAUACGAUAUGUACGCAGCAUUGUGGAAAAAAAUUGUUAUCAGCGGCAUGGAAACACAGGUCUCUAAUGAUCUUAAGGAAUGUCGUACAAGUAGCGAAAUUGUCAAUUACGUCCACCAAAUACUAAAUGCAUCCGGGCUUAUGAAUCAGAUAAGUUUUAAAGAAGAUUGCAAAAAUGAAACAAAAGCCAUCAACUGCCGUAAACAAGGCAAUGAUUUUUUUAAUCCGAAAAUCAAACUUUACAUCAAAGCUAUCGAGUGCUAUAAUGAAAGUAUUGCUCUGUCCGAAGUAGGAUCAGAGGCGUUGGGCAUUGCGUAUGCCAAUAGAUCGGCAGUAUGUUUUGAAUUGAAAGAGUACCACGACUGUUUAGAAAACAUUCGACUUGCCCUAGAAAAUCCAUAUCCAGCGCAUUUAGUACCCAAAUUGACCAAACGACAAACGGAUUGUUUGAAAAUGAUAAACAAUGUUAACCGUAACGCAUCUGAUGUGAAUAAAAAAGAUCUGAAAUUAUGCCACAAACCCAAUGCCAACAUACCUUUUGUAUCCGACUGCUUGGAACUAAAAGAGGAUGAAAAAUUUGGAAGAUACUUAACUACAAACCGUAAUUUAUAUGCAGGUGACUUAGUGGUUAUUGAAAAACCCUUUUCAUUUUUACUUGCCGCAAAAUUGCGCUAUCUCAAUUGUGACUUUUGUCGUAAUGAUAAAUUCCUCAUAUUAAUACCAUGCGCUAAUUGCUCCGUUACUAUGUUUUGCUCCGAUACUUGCCGGCAAAAAGCACAGGAAAGUUAUCAUCGAAUUGAGUGCUGUGUUAUUAAAAAUAUGCAACAGUUGUUUACUAAAGUAAUUUUGAUGGCUCUAAGAACUACCACAGUGGCCAUUUCUACAUUCAAUUUUGAGUUUGACGAAUUAAAACAGCAACUUGAAUCUAUCGAAAAUACAACUGUUAAUCCAUUUCAUCUCAACUGGAAUAAUAUCAGUACUAAAGAAAUUUAUAAAACAAUUCAUAAACUGUCGACGAAUCAAAAUUUACGUACUGCGAGUGAUUUGACUCAACGGUCUGUAUAUGCUAUCGUUAUGAGCGAUAUGCUGUUGAGCAAAAGCCCUCUGAAACACAUGUGUAAUGGUAAUGAAACCCACAUUGAUUUAUUAAGAAGCCUCUUAUUUCAUCAUGCUCAAACUGCACCUGUUAAUAUGCAUUCUUUGAUGUAUAUGGAUUACUGCCCAGAGGAAAAUGAACAAUUUCAGCAGCUUCCACUAGGAUGUGGAUCAUUCCCUAUACUGAGCAACAUUAACCAUUCAUGCGCGCCAAAUUUAGUGCGAAUUACGCUGUCUAACGGUCACGUAGCAGCGCUUAUAAACAGACCAAUCAAAAAGGGAGAACAACUUUACGAUAACUAUGGUUACCAUCAUUGUCUAGAAACACUCUCAGAGCGGCAAAUCGGUCUACGCGGACAAUACUGCUUCCGGUGCCAAUGUGAAGCCUGCAAAAAUAACUACCCACUUUACUAUGAUCUUGAUCAUGCACAAUUACCACCGGGUGUGGUGAAUCCAAUAAACACCGAGGAACUAGAAGAACUCAGAAAGCAUAACUUGAAAACAGCAUUGAAAAAAAUACCAGAGUAUUGCCAAUUCCUGAACGAGUUUGAUACGCAAUAUCCCAAUUAUGAGGUUAGCUCUGUUCAGGAAGCACUACUGCGCUGUUUUCAGAUCGCUUACGCCUAUCAGACACGUAAACUCAAUUAUAGGAGUUUGUGUCGUCUAUAAAAUAUUGGAGUUAUCGUAUAUCCUAACAUUUAAGUAUGACACAGUAAAAAAAAUUUAACCAUACCAAAUAAAAUAUGUAUAUCUUAACGAUUUCAUUACAGCCUA